CUUUCCUCUAUUUCUAGCCUGUAUAUAUUUUGUACUCUAACCCCUUGCCACUCAUUGUCGAGCAAUGGUUUGUGGACGCUUUGCUGCACUUUUGCACAACCAAAAGACGCGGGACGUUCUCAAAGCCAUUCUGGCCACGCUCUUGAGCAGUCUUUUGAUGUUUAUUACGCCGAUUCGACAGGCUAUCGGGCCCUCAUACUUCAUGAUACUGCUGGUCUCUGGAUGCGCGCAUGCCGGCAAGACAAUCGGCGCUAACAUGGAGCUUCAGAUCCAACAGCUGCUGGUCAGCGUGUGCGUGUGGACGUACAUUCUCAUUGUCCAAGCCAUCGUGUACGCAGUGCGGUACCGCGACAACUUUGAAACCGAGGUCUACCUGAUCCACGCCUUUUCGCUGGCCAUAUUCUGCUUUGCCAUCGCCACAGCCUACGCGUACCUACCGCGGCUCAAUGUUGCGAUCAAGCUGAACAUGCUUGCGCCGAUAACAUCGCUGACAGUCACAAAAGUUGAUCGGUGGCGCUACAAUGUGCGCCCACUGCCUAGCACAAUUUACGCGCAGCUGAUCGGAAUCGGGGUGUCGACGCUGGUGAAUAUUUUUGUGUGGCCGAGCACGUCAAGCCGGGAGCUGGCGCGGUCGUUCGAGGAGAUGAUGCGCGAAAUGUCUGGGUGCUGCGAGUUCUUCCAUCGCUCAGCAGCUGAGCUGGGGACAGAGCGCAAUAGCACAAGGUGUGAGGCUGUUGAGCGGCGGAACCGCAUCCGGGCAUGCAUCAAUGCAUUCGGAGAGACCGUCGGCGGCUCGGCUUACGAGCUCACCAUUGGGCGGUUUCCACAGAGCGACUACCGCAAAAUGUUCAUUGAGGCAAACCACCUGGCCGAGGAGUUCUGUGGCAUGUGCUUGCCCGCAUUGCUUUCAUGCAGGGUGCAGCGGGCUUCAACGGUCAAACCACCGACCAUUGAUGGGGGUGCGCAGGGCAGCGAUGAGUGGGUGAGCAUUGUCAAGCAAGGGGCAGAGCUGUCACUAACGCCUGUGCGAGAGCUACUGGAUGUGCACCGAAGGAUCUUUUUGGUUCUCAUCGACCGAUUCGUCGAUCUGCAAGAGGACACGGCCACCAAGGCAUUGCUGUGGCUGCUAUCACGACAAAAGGUCGACAUUCCAGUAUAUACAGCCUGCACUACUGGGAGUGAGGCCAGCCACCUGGAGGCAAUGGAUCUUGCACAGAUCGCCGACUACCUCGACAAACACGCAGCACAGUUCGUGGCCCAGGAGACAAGGCACAUUCGGAUGAUCGGGCCGUACCAGCGGCUGAUGGACAAGAGCACAUUCAACCAGUACACGGUCCUGAUGUCGUUUAUCGGCAUCCUCCAGGAUAACUCGACAGCGAUUGUAAGGCUUCUCCGACUGGUCGACGAGAUUCUGCAGAAGCGGCCGAUGAGAAGUCGCGUGUGGUUUCCGCGGCUACAUAUGAAGUGGCUGCUGCUGGGCAAUGCGAAUGAUUUGCUGAAUGGAGAGUUUGGGCCUGAGGAGGAGGCAGGAAACAAUCUGGAGACAGCAUACGAGACGGACGAUUCGACGCCUGGAUUUGAUGCAGAAACGGUGGCCGAUGCGGCGUAUGACAGCGAGGAGGAUGACCAGACGGUAUAUGAAACACGGUCGCCAAAGUGCGCUGCUAAACGCGGCUAUAUGAUGGCCAAUACGAUGUCCAAAAAGGUAGGGUCUGCUGCACUGGCGUGCAUGUCGCCAUAUCUCCUCUCUGCUAGCCGCUGGAUUCGGAAGAGAGAAACGCAGUAUGCGCUGAAGUUCACGCUGGCAAUGAUGCUCUGGGGUAUAUGGGCGUUUAUCGGUGUGUCGCACGACUUUUUUGUCCAGAACAGAAUCCACUGGGGGCUGGCAGCGAUCACCUUCGUAUAUAACGUCUCUGUGGGCAGCACGCUGGAUGCAUGCAUUAAGCGACUGGUAGGCACAGUGGCCUCCGGGCUGUGGGCAAUCGUCACCUGGAAGGCCAGCAGGAAUGGGACAAAUCCGUACUAUGCGUAUAUCUGCGUGUUUGUGUUUUGUGUCUCGACGUCCGCAAUGUAUUUUUACGUCCCACGAUGGUCUGGAUGCUGGAUGGUCAUGUCAGUCGCAUACUCGGUGGUUUUCUUCACUGCCUACUAUCAGGGCCCAGGGUCGGACGGCAGCCGAAUAGGCUGGACACGGCUGGCAGUCAACGCCAUAGCAAUCGUCUAUGUGAUGAUAUUCUCAAGCGUCCUUGCGCCCUACAAAGCGCGCGAGGCGCUCCGCAAGCGCAUGGCGGAGUUGCUCAGGCUCAGCAGUUUUAUUGCGCGCGGCGUGAACUUCAUCCAUGCCACCAAUAACGAGUUCCCCGCGGCUGCCAGGCUAGAGCAGCAGCGGAUGCGCAGAUUCAUGUACCAGUUCCGGGUAGUCGUGCAGCAGAGCCGGGCGCUGUAUAAGGCGGCCAAGGGGGAGCCUAGCAUUCAUGGCAGAUUCAAGGCGCGGACGCACCGCCAGCUGAUCGACAUAAUGGAGACGCAGAUGGAGUGGUGGCUGUACUCGCACUCAGUAGCUGCGGCUGCAGGACACGGCACCAAAAUGCAUGGGUUCUGGUCGACGCUGCCAAUGCGUGAAGACAUCAUUGGCGCCAACUGUCUGUUCAAUCACGCACUGGAGCUGGCGCUAUAUACAAACACCCGGCUGCCGAUGUUUCUGCCAGAUUUGAGAACCGCUCGACACAGAUUUGUCAGGGAAGCACAACCGGUGCUGUUUGAGAAGUGUAGCCAGGAUUUCGAAGUCACAUCGCUCUGCCGGUGGUGUUCACAGCUGUGCGACUUAGUGGGCGAUAUCAUUCCGGAUGAAAUUGCAACUGUGGUGUGCCAGCUCGAAGAGAUCCAGCGGAUGGGGCUGCCUGUGCUGCAACGUGGCAGAGACCCAUACGGGGCUACUCACAGCACCGCACCACUGCUGGAUCCAACAGGCAGCCCAAAUAUCGGGCCGUACAGAGGGCGGCGCUGGUUCAAGUACAUACAUUAAAGUCUUACAGCAAAUAAUACCAUUCAUCAAUCGCUG